UCAAUUUUUUUUAUAGCAAAGGGAAGAUUCUUUACCGAAAACUGCCAAAGAUGUAGAACAUGGACGUCAUCUAACAAUUGCCAAAGAAGUGGACAACAAAGCGAAAGAAGGAGAGGCCUAUUGUAACCUUGGCAUUGUUUAUAAAAGUCUGGGAGAUUUCAAAACAGCCAUCGAUUACCAUGAACGUCACCUGAGAAUUGCCAAAGAAGUGGGAGACAAGGCUGGAGAAGGAAGGGCCUAUGGUAAUCUUGGCAACGCUUACGGUGGUCUGGGAGAUUUUCAAACAGCCAUUGCUUACCAUGAAUGUCAACUGAAAAUUGCCAAAGAACUGGAAGACAAGGCUGGUGAAGUGGCGGGCUAUUGUAAUCUGGGUAACGUUUAUUAUAGUCUGGGGGAUGUCAGAAAAGCCACUGACUACCAGGAUCGUUCUCUGACAAUUGCAAAAGAAGUGGGAGAUAAAAUAGGAGAAGGAAGGGCCUAUGGUAAUCUUGGCGUUGCUUAUCGAAGUCUGGGGGAUUGUAAAGCAGCUAUUGACUACCAGGAACGAUCUCUAAAAAUUGCCAAAGAGUUGGGAAACAAAGCUAGCGAAGGAAGCUCCUAUGGUAAUCUUGGCGAAGCUUAUGAUAGCCUGGGGGAUUUCAAAACAGCUAUCGACUACCAUGAACGUCAUCUUAAAAUUGCCACAGAAGUGCAAGACAAAGUGGGAGAAGGGAAGGCCUAUGGUAAUCUUGGUAUUGCCUAUGAAAGUCUGGGGGAUUUUAAAACAGCAGUUGAUUAUUACAAGCGCCAUCUAAAAAUUGCAAAGGAAGUGGGAGACAAAUCUGGAGAAGGGAAAUCUUACGGUAAUCUUGGCAAUGCUUAUGGUGGUCUUGGCGAUUUCAAAACAGCCAUUGCUUACCAUGAAUGUCAACUAAAAAUGGCCAAAGAAGUGGGAGACAAGGCUGGUGAAGGAAUGGGCUAUUGUAAUCUGGGCAACGCUUACGGUGGUCUGGGGGAUUUCAGAAAAACCACUGAAUACCAGGAACGUGCUCUAAAAUUUGCCAAAGAAGUUGGAGAUAAAAGAGGAGAAGGAAGGGCCUAUGGUAAUCUUGGCGUUGCUUAUCAACGUCUGGGGGAUUGUAAAGCAGCUAUUGACUACCAGGAACGAUCUCUAAAGAUUGCCAAAGAGUUGGGAAACAAAGCCGGAGAAGGAAGCUCCUAUGGUAAUCUUGGCGACGUUUAUGAUAGCCUGGGGGAUUUCAAAACGGCAAUUGACUACCAUGAACGUCAUCUAAGGAUUGCGCUAGAAGUGCAAGACAAAGUGGGAGAAGGAAAGGCCUAUGGUAGCCUUGGCAACGCUUAUAAAAGUCUCGGGCAUUUCAAAACAGCCAUUGAUUAUCAGACACGUUAUCUUAAAAUUGCAAAGGAAGUGGGAGACAAAUCUGGAGAAGGAAAUGCUUAUGGUAAUCUUGGCAAUGCUUAUGGUGGUCUUGGGGAUUUCAAAAGAGCCCUUGAUUAUCAUGAACGUCAACUAAAAGUUGCCAUAGAAGUGGGCGACAACGCGGGAGAAGGAGGGGGCUAUUGCAAUCUUGGCAACGUUUAUUAUAGUUUGGGGGAUAUCAAAACAGCCAUUGCCUAUUAUGAACGUGCCCUUAAAAUUUCCAAAGAAGUGGGAGAUAAAGAAAGAGAAGGAGGGGCCUAUGGUAAUAUCGGCGUCGCUUAUCGAGUUCUGGGGGAUUGCAAAACAGCGAUUGAAUACCAAGAACACGCUCUAAAAAUUUCCAAGGAAGUGGGAAACAAAGCUGGAGAAGGAAGCGCCUAUGGUAAUCUUGGUGACGCUUAUCACAAUCUGGGAGAUUUUAAAACAGCUAUUGACUACCAUGAACGUCAUCUUAAAAUUGCCACAGAAGUACAAGACAAAGUGGGAGAAGGAAAGGCCUAUUGUAAUCUUGGUGUCGCCUAUAAAAGUCUAGGUGAUUUCAAAACAGCAGUUGAUUACUUUGAACGUCAUCUUAAAAUUACAAAGGAAGUGGGAGACAAAUCUGGAGAAGGAAAUGCUUAUGGUAAUCUGGGCAAUGCUUACGAUGGUCUUAGAGAUUUCAAAACAGCCAUUGCUUAUCAUGAACGUCAACUAAGAAUUGCCACAGAAGUGGGAGACAAAGCAGGAGAAGGAGGGGGUUAUUGUAAUCUUAGCAACGCUUUAUAUUCCUUGGGGGAUUUGGUACGAGCCACUGGCUACCAGGAACGUGCUCUAAAAAUUUUCAAAGAGGUGGGAGAUAAAAGACGAGAAGGAAGAGCCUAUGGUAAUCUUGGCGUUGCUUCUCGAAAUCUGGGGGAUUACAAAAGAGCCAUUGAAUACCAAGAGCGUGCUCUUACAAUUGCCAAAGAAUUGGGAGACAAGGCCGAGGUUGCCAAUUCGUUUUAUGGUCUUGGUAGGAGCUUUGAAUUGCAAGGGUCCCUACCUAAGGCUCUUGAUUGUUUUCAUUCCAGUGUGAGAAUGUUCAAUAUAGUUAGGCAUGAUCUUAAAGGUAAAGAUGAGUGGAAAAUCAGCUACCGCAAUAUGCAUGAAGCUGCGUUCACCAGUCUGUGGCAUCUGUUAUUGAGACAAGGCAAGGUAGUCGAGGCUCUAUUUGCUGCUGAGCAAGGACGUGCACAAGCACUUAAUGAUCUUUUGGAUUUAAACUAUGGGCUCGAAACAUCCUACUAUCAGUUACACACCAGGGAAGAAAGUACCUUCGACUCAUUCAGUUUCCUUCCUUCAAUUGCCGUUUUUAUGGCAACUGAUGAAAAAGACAUUGUUUUCUGGGUUGUUCAAGAUGGAAAGGACGUACAAUUAAGGAAAAAGGCACUCAGUGUUAACAGUUCAUUGAAUUUGAACGACGUCCUGAGGUCUUUAAUUGUUGCUGCUUCCCAGGAAAUUGAUGUGAGAGCUGGUGUGAAAUGCGAGGAUCGUUCGCUGGAUGCGCUGGGAGACGAGCAGGUGAUAAAUGAAAGGUCACCGCACACAUCAGCUAAGCAUGUUCCCCUCCAGAUGAGUGUUUUAAGAACACUUUAUGACAUCAUCAUUGAUCCUAUUGCAGACUUGAUCCAUGGUAACGAACUUAUCUUGGUUCCUGAAGGUCCAUUGUGCCUGGCUCCUUAUGCUGCAUUGUUGGACUCUAAUUCCACGUAUUUAUGUGAUGUUUGUAGGAUCCGAGUUAUUCCGUCGCUCACCAGUUUGAAACUGAUCACAGAUUCUCCGGCUGGUUAUCACAGCGAGACGGGGGUGCUUCUAGUGGGUGAUCCGUGGGUACAAGAGGUUGUCAUUCCAGGGAAAAUAUUGGAACAGCUGCCAUGCGCCAGAAAAGAAGUACAGAUGAUUGGGAGAAUGUUUAACACCAAACCACUCAUUGGAAGAGAGGCAACAAAGGAUGAAGUAUUAAGACGACUUCCCACGGUUGCUCUAAUACACAUUGCGGCGCAUGGUCGAAUGGAAACAGGAGAAAUUGCCCUGGCACCUAAUACUACACGAACUUCCAAGACUCCUGGGAAUGAAGACUUCCUUUUAACUAUGAAAGACGUAACAAGUGCUCAAAUUCGCGCAAGGCUGGUAGUAUUAAGUUGCUGUCAUAGUGGUCGCGGAGAGAUUAAGGCUGAGGGGGUUGUUGGCAUUGCACGAGCGUUUCUUGGUGCCGGUGCUCGUUCUGUCCUGGUGUCCCUGUGGGCGAUUGAUGACGAUGCCACUCUGUAGUUCAUGAAUAUUUUCUACUCACACUUGGUAAAAGGGAUCAGUGCCAGUGAAUCAUUGAACAAAGCCAUGAAACAUAUGAGAGAAUCUGACCAGUUUAAUGAAGUGAAGCACUGGGCUCCGUUUGUGUUGAUUGGAGAUGACGUCACAAUAGAAUUUGGCGGAAGCGAAUAAAUGCCUUUGACUGUACGGAACGUGGAAACUGUACAUAGCGAGGAAGCGGAACGUGGAAACUGUACAUAGCGAGGAAGUGACCAAAGUGCAGAGUCUUAAUCAAGACGUGUAUCUACUAACUUGAUAUGAAGCUGUUUUCUUCACAAGAAGAAGUCUAAACAAACUUAUGAAAGACACUGUUAACAUACAUAAUUAAGUGCAAAUUGUAACUAAGGAGAAAAGCAAUGGUAUGAACCUUUCCCAGACUAAGUUUUGUAGAUGUUCAGUGCUAUUAUCGAUGCAAAUGAGGUCGACCCAGCGACUUUUUGUCAAGAUACAUAUUGAUGUUAACGUAAAUACACAACUCGCUUUAAGCUACACAGUAAAUAGGUCAAAGACAGAACUAUUCUAAUGUUUGGGCCAAGCAAGAUGUUUUGAGUUUUUGGACUUAUAGUGAUUAGGUGCUUUUUGAUGUACGCUUUAUUUGAGAUAUUCACCAGCAGCUUACAGAUAAUUAAUGAGUUUGACCGCAGAAGAAUAAUGUAAAUAGUAACAUUUCAGUAUUUUUCAACAUAAUCAACAGGGUCGUGUUUCUUAGGCGUGAUACAAUCCGUUUGGAGAAGUUGUUUUCACGUGUCUCUUUUACGUUUAAACAUGUCAUAUAAAUAGUGUGUAAAAGAUCCUCCGAAUAUUUGUUUUUUCAUUAAAACGGAAGAAAAUUCA